UUACUUAUAUUAUCUAUGCUCUUAGCGGCACUUUUGUAGAAUUGUCGCUUCGUUGCUAUUCUUCGGCUUCAGUGAGAAUUCGUCAUCUUAAUCUCUACAAUUUUUAUUUGUAAUCGAAUAAUAAAGCAAGAUAUAAUACAGAAACACUUCCAUAUUAUUUAAACAGCCAUGGCGGAUGUUUUGGACAUUGAUAACGCCGAGGAAUUCGAAGUCGAUGAUGAAGGAGAUCAGGGUAUUGCUCGUCUUAAGGAGAAGGCAAAGAGAAGAAAAGGUAGAGGCCAUGGUGCGGAAUUAGUUUCGACAAGAGAUGAUGUUGGCCAUUAUGAGUCCAUGAAUAUUGUUGAGGAAGACGAUAAUGAGCCUGGACCUCAAAGAUCUGUGGAAGGAUGGAUUUUAUUUAUAAAUUCAGUGCAUGAAGAAGCACAAGAGGAUGAUAUUCAAGACAAAUUUUCUGAAUUUGGUCAAAUUAAAAACUUGCAUUUAAAUUUGGAUAGAAGAACAGGAUUUCUGAAGGGUUAUGCAUUGGUGGAAUAUGAAACAUUUAAGGAAGCACAAGCUGCAAAAGAGGCUUUGAAUGGUACAGAGAUCUUAGGUCAGGCUAUUUCUGUUGAUUGGUGUUUCGUAAAAGGACCCAAAAAAAUCAGAAAAAGAAGUCACAGGAGGCGAUAAGCAUCUUAUGUAAAAUAUGUAAUAAGCUUUAAAAAAACUUCAUACAAACAUUAAUAAAUAAAAAAUAAAUAAGAAAUUCCUAUACUAUAUAUAUAUAAUAAAUAUCAUAU